ACCAACUUCUCAAUUCUCAACUCUCAAGGCUACAUUUCAACCAAAGCUCCCUUCCGAGAUUCAAUUAAAUCCGAAAAAAGAAACACCAAAAAUGGCCAGCAAACUCUACAUUGUUUACUACAGUACUUACGGACACGUCGAAAAGCUUGCAAAGGAGAUCAAGAAAGGAGCUGUUGAUGGAGUUGAAGCAACUUUGUGGCAGGUGCCAGAAACACUGUCAGAAGAAAUUCUGGGGAAAAUGAACGCCCCACCAAAGAGUGAUGAUGUGCCUGUGAUCCAUCCCGAUGAUCUUCCUAAAGCUGACGGUUUCAUUUUCGGGUUUCCGACAAGAUUCGGGAUGAUGGCGGCCCAAUUCAAGUCCUUCCUGGAUUCAACUGGUGGGCUAUGGGGUGCCCAGAAGCUCGCCGGCAAGCCGACUGGCCUCUUCUUCUCCACUGGAUCGCAAGGAGGCGGUCAGGAGACUACCCCACUGACCGCAAUCACUCAGCUGACUCAUCAUGGAAUGAUUUUUGUGCCGAUUGGGUACACCGCCGGAGCGAUGAUGUUUGACAUGAGCCAAGUGAAAGGUGGCAGUCCAUUUGGUGCCGGGACUUUUGCCGGCGGAGAUGGAUCCAGGCAGCCAACUGAGACAGAGCUCGCCAUUGCUUACCAUCAGGGAAAGUACAUUGCUGCCAUUACCAAGAAGUUCAAGGGUUCCACCUGAUUGACUUUUCCUUCAACUAAUAAACCAUCCAAACUUCACUGUAGAAAGUUGGAUCACCAAUAAAGUUAAAAUGCUUUUAAUUAGCCUUGGCGAUUUAGAUUGUUUUCCAAUCUCCCUGUUGUUACCAUCUUUUUAGCUUGUUAUCAAUGAACUUAAAGUGAAUCA